AUGAGCACCGGUGGGACCACGGUUUCCCAGCAGGAGCCCCAAGCUUUCAAACGCGCAGUUAAGAAAAUAAAAUGCGCCGCAAUGGUGGCAAACCUCGCUAAAAGUUGGCAGGGCUGGGCCAACGAUCACUCGGACAAACAAGACGCGAUACCGAGCGGUUGGAUGCCGUCUUCCGUCGAGGAGGAUUGCGAAAAAGCCAAAAAACACGUGGUGAAAUUGAGCGUGACUCCGCGCGUGAUCAACGCCGACGCCAGUGAACGCGGAGGAAGCACAAUACGGACAUGUACCGUUACGAAAACCGUGCAGCCGAAACGUAGCGAGUGCAGCAGCAGCGACGUGGUGAACGCUAUCAAAGGCAAAAUGGAGUCCGGCGUUGAAGAAACCAAACCAUUUCUCGGGAACGAGUCGCCGACCAGGAGACGCCACAUGAGGGCGAUGCAGGGCGGCGGGGGAGUGGUCCAGGACAGGAAGCUGAAGCUGGCGGACAGGAAGUCAUCGAGGAGCAGUAGCGUGGAUACGGAGGACAGCGGGCUGGGAGAGGAGGAGAACGAGACCAAAGCUGAAAAUGAAGAGAGCGUGAAGAAACCAGCCAGGCCCAAGAUCAAAAUCGCCUCUAUGGGGGACAUCAAGAGCCGGUGGCAGCAGUGGUCCGAGCAGCACGUCGAAGGCCAGAAACUCAACCCCUUCAGCGAGGAGUUUGACUACGAGUACGCCAUGGGCCAGAGGCUGAAGAAGGGCGACUCAGGCUACGGUCGCCCCAAAGAAGGCUCCAAAACGGCCCAGAGGGGAGAUCGCGCCCACAAACACAUCCACCGCGAGAUGGAGGAGAUGGUGUGGAUCAUCAGAGACAUGGGCUUCAAGGACAAACAAGGAAGAACCGUCAUCAGCUUCGGGAGACUGUUCGAUCGCUACGUGAAGAUCUCAGACAAAGUUGUGGGCAUCCUUCUCCGCUGCAGGAAACACAAGAUGCUGGACUUCGAGGGGGAGAUGUUGUGGAAAGGACAGGACGAUGAUGUUAUAAUUACGCUAAGAGAAGAAGAAUGA